GUAUGCCACAUACAACCUGCUCUUAUCGACAAACCAACAGGGACUUUGCUCUUCCAGACGCACUCUGCUGACUCGGUCACUCUCCCAGUUCUCGUAAGCAUUAUUAGUUCAAGAUGAUAUCUCCUAAAUGGAAACGUCUCGUGCGGUUCAUCGCCGAGGACGACUGGAGGGAGUACAUUGGCGAGCCGGUGGACGAGAACGUUGAUGUCGGAGCCGCGCUGGCAGCAUCAACGCCCGUCCCGGUGCGUGUCUUCACCGGAACAUCAGCACUCGACGCCUCGGCAGAACCGACGUCAAGGAUCCUCACCAUCCAGAAGCUCCUGCCGCCCCUGACGCGGAAGGAAAUCGGCACGAUCCGGUGCAUCGGGCUCAACUACCGCAAGCACGCAAAAGAGAUGAACCUCGAGCUCCCGGAGCACCCGACCCUCUUCUUCAAGCCGGCGAGCUGCCUAAACGCGUCCAACGCGCCGCUCCUCAUCCCCCACCAGGCGACCGACCUGCAGGCUGACUACGAGGCCGAGCUGGCCGUCGUCAUCGGCCGCGACGCGCGGAACGUCUCCGUCACGGACGCCAUGGACUACGUCCUGGGGUACACGUGCUCCAACGACGUGACGGCGCGGAAGCACCAGUUCGCCGGCGCGCAGUGGGGGUUCGGCAAGGGCUUCGACGGCUUCGCGCCCAUGGGCCCCUGCAUCGUCAGCGCGAGCAGUCUGCCGGACCCGUCCGUGAUCGAGCUGCGGACCGUCCUCAACGGCGAGGUGAUGCAGGAGGGCCGCGGGGACGACAUGAUCUUCUCAAUCGCGGAGAUCGUGGCGUAUCUAUCCCAGGGCACGACACUAGAGGCUGGCACGGUGAUCAUGACGGGGACGCCCCACGGCAUCGGCGUGAGUCGGACCCCGCCGGUCUUCCUGGCGCCCGGAGAUGACCUUCGUAUCGUGAUGAGCCACGGUCUGGGCAGUCUGGUCAACAGGGUGGAGUACGAGGAGAGGCCGCAAAGGGUCACCAAUGGAGUGAACGGGCAUGUCAAGGCGGUCAAUGGUGUAAACGGUGUGACUGAAGUCAAGGUCAACGGUAUUCACUGAGAUGGAGCAAGUACAGCGAGUGGGAUUGGAUGUAUUAUGAGAGAAACAAAUGGGAUAGCAGGGUCGAGUAAUAAUGCUGAGUGUGAAACGGAGUCGUGCAGGUUACGAUGACGAUACCACGAUUUGGUUUGCUGCUGUAUCUACAUCCG